GCCUGCUGCUCGAUGUGAAGGGGUGCAAGGACCUGUAUGCGAGCUUGGACAAAUACGUGGGAGUGCAGAACCUUGAUGGCAGCACCAAGUUCUAUGCGGAACAGCAUGGGGUACAGGACGCCAAGAAAGGUGUGCUUUUCGAGGACCUCCCACCGGUGCUGCAGCUGCAUUUGAAGCGCUUUGAGUACAAUCCGGUGGCCAAUAUAACAGCAAAGGUCGACGACCGGUGUGAGUUUCCUUUGGAGCUGGACUUGGAUAAGGACAGUGGCAAAUACCUGACCACAGACUUGGACAGGACCGGGCGCAAUCUCUACCUGCUGCACAAGUGCGACAGGCUG